UCAGAAUAGGAGUCCCCCCUCCGCUCGUAGGCCCCUCCCAGACACGCGUGCGAGUGAUCCGGAGCCCGGAGAGGAGCUUCAGUUGCACGGGACCGCAAGAACGUCGCUGGAUCCCGGGAGGACCGGAGAGAGAGAGAGAGGGAGAGAGAGAGAGAGGUAGAGAGACACCACCGUGGGACUGGAGUUGUGCUCAGGCUGAAAGAUGUUCUCCUCUGCGAAGGCCUUUGAGGGGCAGCAUUACUCCACCCUCAAGAGGCAGUGUCUACAGAGUGGAGCGUUGUUUGAGGACCCGCUGUUCCCCGCUGUGGAUGAUUCGCUCUUCUACCAGGGGAACCGGAUUGGUCGUGUCCACUGGAAAAGACCUGAGGAGCUGUGUGACGAUCCUCAUUUGUUUGUGGACGGGAUCAGUGCCCAUGACUUGCACCAAGGGCAGCUGGGAAACUGUUGGUUUGUGGCGGCCUGCUCCAGUCUGGCCUCCCGAGAGUCACUCUGGCAGAAAGUUAUCCCAGACUGGAAGGAGCAGGAAUGGGACCCGGAGAAGGCUGAUUCUUAUGCAGGAAUCUUUCACUUCCGCUUCUGGCGGUUUGGCGAAUGGGUAGACGUAGUGAUCGAUGACCGUCUGCCCACGGUGGACAACCAGCUGGUUUACUGCCAUUCCAAUGACAGCAAUGAGUUCUGGAGCGCCCUUGUGGAAAAAGCCUAUGCCAAAGUCUAUGGCUGUUAUGAAGCACUGGAUGGUGGGAACACGGCUGAUGCUCUGGUGGAUUUCACUGGUGGUGUGUCUGAACCGAUGGACCUGCUGGAGGGUCAGUUCGCUCAGGAUGAAACUGCCAGAAACCAGCUCUUCGAGAGGGUGCUUAAGGUUCAUAAUCGAGAUGGCCUCAUCAGCUGCUCCAUCAGGGCAACCACAGUAGAGGACAUGGAAGCACGACUGGACUGUGGAUUAGUGAAAGGCCAUGCUUACGCAGUGACCGACGUACGCAAGGUCCGUCUGGGACAUGGCCUACUGGCUUAUUUUAAGUCUGAAAAGCUGCACAUGAUCCGCAUGAGGAACCCCUGGGGUGAGAAGGAGUGGAGUGGACCAUGGAGUGACAGCUCAGAAGAGUGGAAGAAAGUGAGCAAGAGUGAGAGAGAGAAGCUGGGCGUCACUGUUCAGGAUGAUGGAGAGUUUUGGAUGAACUUUGAGGAUUUCUGUCACUACUUCACGGACCUGAUCCUGUGUCGACUCAUCAACACGUCCUACUUAAGCAUACAUAAGACCUGGGAAGAGGAGGUGAUGAGGGGCUUGUGGCUUCACCGAGAUGAACCGCUCCGCAACCGUGCCGGAGGCUGCAUUAACCACAAAACCACAUUUCUGCAAAACCCACAGUAUGUUUUUGAUGUGAGAAAAGUGGAAGAUGAGGUGCUGAUCUGCCUGCAGCAAAAGGAACGCAGAGCUACUCCAAAGGAGGGCAAAGGAGAGAAUCUGGCCAUUGGAUUUGAUAUCCAUAGGGUGGAGUUGAACAGAAAGUACAGAAUGCACUCGGCGCAGCAGAAGGUCGCAGGGUCCAUCUACAUCAACUCUCGCUGCGUUUUCCUCCGGAAAGAGCUAAAGGAGGGCCGUUACGUCAUCAUCCCCACAACAUUUGACCCCGGUCAGCAAGGAGAGUUCCUGCUCAGAGUCUUCACUGAUGUGCCUUCAGACUGCAAAGAAUUAACUCUGGACGAGCCUCCACAGACAUGCUGGACUGGGAUGUGUGGAUACCCUCAGCUGGUCACACAGGUGCAUGUGUUAAGUGCCGAGGGCCUGCAGGGCCAAGACGCUAAUGGAGAGCUGCACUGCUUGAUCUCCCACAAGACUCACUCUGACUUUUGCACACGAGCCUCUGACCCGUAUGUGAUCAUCACCUGUGAGGGGGAGAAGGUCCGCUCUCCUGUGCACAAGGACACGCGCUGCCCUAAUUUUGACAUCAAGGGAAUAUUCUACCGCAAAAAGCCAAAGGAAGGCAUUCACAUCGAGAUCUACAAUAAGAAUGUGAUUGUUGACACCUUCCUGGGUCAGGUGACCCUCUUUAGUGACCCAAAUGAUCGCCAAGAGCAGCACACGGUCUACCUUAAAGACAAGGGCAGUCGGCAGGACAACAACCUUCCAGGGACGCUGACUGUGCGUGUGAUCACCUGCACCACUUUAACCAACAUCUGAUCAGAAUCCAAACACCUGCAUCCCACUGUUUCACACUCUCUGCUUGGGUUCCUCAUUCACCCACAAUGCCUUUAGCCCUUAUAGUUUACUACAGUAAAGGGAUGGUUCACCUAAACAAUGACAGUUCUGUCAUUAUUUACUCACUGUCAUGUCAUUCUAAACCCUCUUGUUUUCAUGGAUCAAAAAAAUUAAGAUGAACAUUCAUAGCUGGUAUUGAGUACAUAUCAAGCUUGAGUACAUAUUGAGUACAUAUUUGAUCAAGCUUCUCAGCAGGUACUGACCAUGCCAAUAAAGCAUAAUACAAUUUUGUCAAUUAAGCACAGUAUAUCACAUUUGUUUUGAAUCUAUAUAAUAUCUUCAGUGAAAAACAGACUGAAAUUUACAUUUUCAUCCAAAGAUGCGAAUUAGGCUUAAGCUCAAAACAAAAUAUCAUGUCCCAUCGUACAUAUCACAUCUGUUAAAACCAAAUCACAUGACUUUUUUUGAUGCACAUGCUAGAAUGUGUUCAGUAAAUGUGUUUCCAUCAACGUUUUUGCUAAUUUUUUAUGCGCAUUUUCAAACUUUAUGCGCAUCUUCUGAUUGUGUGCGAUGGUUCAAAAUGUGCAUAAUAAUAGGUGGAUGGGAACAUAGCUAUUUUUAUUGAGUGGUAAUCAUGUUGACUGGAUUGAAUGACUGAUUUGAACUUGAUUCUUUUUCUUGACAGUGAACCAUUUGAUCUGAUUCACACAUCAGUUCUCGAGGUCUCACUCAAUUUCUAUUGAUCCUUGACUCAUUGAUCCAUUUUCCAGUGGUUCUCUAUUUAAUGCUGUGACCUCAUGAAACAGCAUAUGUGUUUUUAACAUGACAUUGAGUGCUUUAUUUCCGGGUGAACUAUACUUUCAAUCCCCAUCAUUCAUGAUCAUAUAUUGCAAUGAAGGGCUAUGCAUUGUGUUUGCAUGAGCAGCUGAAGUGAUCAAGAUCCUUGAGGAGUCUGAGGCGCAUGAUCAGCCAUGUCUCGUCUCCCAGAUCUGAGUUUCAGCCCAGCCCUGGCAAAUCAUUCAAAACCAGUUUUCCUCUUGUCUCUCUUUCCAUCCCUUUUGUCCUCCACGCAUUCAGUCAUGACAUAUUCAGUCAGUGUCAACAGCUGUGCCCGUCCACACAGCUUGAUCUUUAGCGAGACCCGAUCGGCUCUCAUUUGACUGGAAGAUUUCAGUGGCCGGUGGGGCACAGCGGGCACCUCUUUGGAUCCUCCGGGUCAUGUAGCUUAGCAACAGAAGUCUGGAAUAGAAUACCGGAGCAUGAAGAUAAGUUCUGCUCUUACCAGUGGACACGUGCUAUCAAAAGCCCACCUGGAGGAUCUGCCAUGCCACUUUCUGCCUGAAAAAAAUGGAUGGGCAUUACCAGUAUGCCAGGGUGGUUUGAUAAACAUUUUACCAUUAUCUUGAAUGUGAGUGUGUGUGUGUUUGUGCAUGUUUGGGUGACCAGAUAGCCCUGAUUUGAUGAGCCAUGUCCCACAUAUUUGUGAAUAAUUGAUCUUCUGCUUUAGUAAAAAUGUCAUUAAUAUG